AACGCCAGCGUCAUUACCGAUAAUCCUGUUGGCCUUGAGGCCGUGGCAACUUUGCCUGACGAGCUGUUUUUCACCGCCGGAACUCUUGACGGCAACGUCAAGGGCUCUAUCUCUGUUAAGUCGAGCGCCAAUGGCAUCGGCGUUGAGUACAAGGUGUCUUUCUCCAACCUGCCCAAAGAUGGUGGUCCAUUCUUGUACCACAUCCACGAGAAGAAGGUUCCCAAUGACGGCAACUGCACGUCGACCGCUGCCCACCUCGACCCUUUUGUCCGCGGUGAGAUGCCCACCUGCGAGAGCAAGUUCCCUCAGACCUGCCAAGUCGGUGACCUGAGCGGUAAGUACGGGAAGAUUACGUCGGACCCGUUCGAGGCGACCUACCAUGAUGAGUUCUCCUCUCUCAUCGCCGGAAAUAAUGCCUCGAUCGUCGACCGCAGCUUCGUAGUCCACUUCUCCAACAAGACUCGCAUCUCUUGUGCCAACUUCGCU